UAGACUGGUAUUCUUUCGGUGUCAUCUUGAAAGAAAUGGUUACCAGUGAUUGUGCGUACCAUCAGACAAUCGAUGAUGCAUCCUCCGGCAUUAAGAACAUCAUUAGAAAGCUCCUUCGGAAAGAUCCUGCCAGACGCUUAGGAGUUAAUGGUAACAUCAGAAAGCACCGAUUCUUCCAGCGUAUGGACUGGGUCUCUGUGGAAGCCCUAGAGUUGCCUCCACCAUACACACCUGAGCCAACUGAACCUCAUCAUCGUCCUAAACCAUUCCACCUGGACAAACUGGAGGCAGCAGAGGUCAGAACACCUAUUUCAGCAGCGGACCAGGCCUUGUUCGAGGGAUUUUCUUUUUGUCAACUUGGAAACCCUUGAUGAAACACCAGCUCCAUAGUCACCAGAGCAAGCUGCCCCCCUGAGCCUCUGGAAGAG